AUGUCUGAAGCCGAUGGAAUUCCGCCCAACGAAUGUAGGACCGAUGGACAGUUUUUAAUAGAUCUGAAAGUUGAAUUUGGAGGCGGCCUGGAAAGCUUAUUCUCAAACCAGACCAGUUUGGAGAUCCAACUAGCCCAACCACACACGAUGGGUCAUCUGGUCUCGAUUCUCUCAGCGCAGGUCAAGCCGCAAAAGUCGCUCUCGUUAUUCUGCUCGAGGGAACCGGAAUGGGAUAUCAAGCCGGGAAUUCUGCCCCUGGUCAACGAUGAGGAUUGGGAGCUUUUGGAACCGAGUGGAAUGAAUGCCGUCUUGAAGCAGGGUGAUAACGUGAUGUUUAUCAGUACAUUACAUGGCGGUUGA